UCUCUCUCUCUUUUCCCCUCCCUUUCUCCCCCCUCCUUGCUCUUCUUUCUCCUUUGUUCACAAAGCUUUUGCCACACUGCAAAAAUACAAAGCUUUCAUUGUUAACUACAUUAAUUUUGAACGUUAAAAUGGGUCACAGAAGGAAGAAGAAUCUCGCCAGACAACUAUAGCCUCAAGUGGAAGCGGAAAAUGCUAUUUCAGAUAGGCAAAAAGGAGGAAGGCAACAGGAAGUCAACUGAGUGUCACACUGAGUGAAGCUGGAGCCAAAGAGACCUCAAAGUCACCCCCAUAGUGACACACUUCCUUCAACAAGACCACACCUAUUCCAAUAAGGAUACUGAUCAUGUUCUCAAAUAUACUGUGUCAGAAAAUGCUGCUAACGUUCCUGUCUCUUUUAAUAAUUACCUGGAUAAUUUUCGAAAUUUCUCAAAGUUCCACAAAGCUUUGGACUACUCUGAAUACAUCCAUCUCCUUCCACUCUGGGAAUACCUCCAUGAAAUCCUCUUGUACUGAAAGGCCAAUGAAUCAGUCAAGGUUACCAACAGAGACUAAGCUAAGUGAGGAGAUCCCCAAAGUGACAAGACCGGUCAAGUCACUAACAGAGAAAGAACUCAGAAUCAGGAAUAUUCUGGAGAAGUUAAAUCAGCAGUUCCCACCCAGACCUUUCACCCACCUCAAUACCACCACCAGUGCCGCACACAGCACAGCCUCCAUCCUCAACCCUCGAGACAAAUACUGUAAAGGAGACCAGCUAGAUAUCCUAAUAGAAGCUAGGGACUAUCUAAGAAACAGGAAGGAGUAUGGUGGGGACUUCCUGAGGGCCAGGAUGUCUUCCCGAGGCCUGAAGGCAGGCGCUUCUGGAAAGGUGACAGACUUCAACAACGGCACCUAUGUUGUCAGCUUCACUCUGUUCUGGGAAGGCCCUGUCUCCCUGUCUAUCCUACUCAUCCAUCCCAGCGAAGGGGUGUCAGCUCUCUGGAGAGCAAGGAACCAAGGCUAUGAUAGAAUUGCCUUCAAGGGUAAAUUUGUUAAUGGCACCUCUCAGGUCUUAGCUGAAUGUGGCUUGACCCUAAACUCAAGCAAUGAACUCUGCAAAUACCUGUACAGCGGUGGUGAAGAAGUCUUCUACUGUAUGAAGCCUCAACACAUGCCCUGUGAGGCCCUGACCCAUGUGUGUACCAAGCAGCAAGCUGUUUCUUUUCUUACUGACAAAGAAAAAGGUCUUUUCCAGAAGUCCAACAUAGGAGUUGAAAUAAUGAAGAACCCUAAGUAUAUUAGUGUCUCUCAAUGCAACAAGACUGAAGAGAACGGGACAGAGAAAUGUCAGAUCGGAACGGAGAUUCCCACACCUAGUGGUUACACCUUCCGAGGAAGGUGGACAACAGCCCAGUGCAAGCAGAGUGUGUUAAACUCAAGUCAAAUAAAUGACUGUUUGAAAGGAAAACUCAUUUACCUCCUGGGAGACUCGACGCUGCGUCAAUGGAUCAACUACUUUCCCAAAGUUGCAAAAACGUUGAAGCCUUUUGAUCUUCAUGGGACUGGACUAUAUAAGAAACACUUGCUUCUGGAUGCUGACAGGCACAUUCUGGUUGAAUGGAAAAAACAUAGCCAUCCUUUCAUCACGGUCCAGCUCUACUCUGUGAUAGAUGAUGGUUAUAUUCCUCAGGAAAUUGACCGCUUACCAGGUGACAAAGAUACUGUCAUCGUCAUCACCUUGGGCCAGCACUUUAGACCCUUCCCCAUGGAACUUUUCAUUCGUAGAGCCAUCAGCAUCCAAAAGGCUAUUGAACGACUCUUCCUCAGAGGUCCUGACACUAAAGUCAUCAUUAAGGCAGAGAAUAUCAGGGAGAUGUACCUGGAUACAGAGAAAUUUGGAGAUUUCCAUGGUUAUAUUCAGUAUCUAACCAUGAAGGACAUUUUCAAAGACCUUCACGUGGGUAUCAUCGAUGCCUGGGACAUGACCAUUGCAUGUGGCAGCAAUAUUCUCCACCCACCUGACGAAGUGAUUAGAAAUCAGAUUGUCAUGUUUUUAAACUACAUUUGCUAAUCACUAGAAGACAGUGUCCACCAGCCAUGUUAUGUGUUUCAUCAGUGAAGUUUUAUUCAAUUUAGGGUCUCAGGAAAACCAAAUUUGAAAGAAUCAGCCUUGUAAAAGAGAUGCAACUCAGUUGAAAGAGUGUUUGCUUAGUAUAUGUGAAGCCCUGGGCCCACAUGAGCACAGCACAGUGGCACAUGCUUGUAAUUCCAGCACUCAGGAGGACAGAAGUUUAAAAUCAUCCUUAGUUACAUAGUCAGGUCAAGGAGAGCCAAGGCUACAUGAGAACCUUCCUUGAUAAAGACCUGGUCCCAUCUCAACACAAGGGGAGGAGCUCUGUCCUGCCUCAGCUUGAUGUGCCAGGCUUUGUACAAGCCCGUGGGGAACCUGUCCCUUUCUGAAUGGGGAUAGAGGACAGGUGGAUGGUGAGGGGUUAGUUGGACAAGGGGAGAAGACGAGGAGAGCAGGGAGGGGAAACUGGUCGGUAUGCAAAAUAAAUGAAAAAAAAUGUUGUUUAAAUAAAAUAGAAAAAAAUAAUAAGGAACUAAAAUUUGGGUCAACAUUUUAAAAUAAUAUUCAUUUAGAUCUAUAUACUAUCUAGACACUGCCACUUUUUACUAAUAUAUUUUAUUUUUAAUCAAAAUAUAAUUUUAUCAUUUACUGGCUUUCUCUUCUCCCUUCAAUCCACCCCAUGUCCCCUGCCUGCCUCUGCCUUUCCCCGAUUGUUUUUUUAAAAAGAAGGAACCAUUCUUAGAUCACAGAAACUAAAAUAAAUAAAUAAACAAAAUUAAACACA